AUGAAUAAGAUGUGGCUAACAUUGGCCGCAAUUCUUGCACUAGCAUUAUGCAUCAGCUCUGCUCCCGCAACAGGUGUGGGAUGUGGAGGAGGGGGAUGUGGGGGUGACAGCAGUAGUAGCAGUAGUGGGAGUGGGAGUGGGAGUAGUGACAGCGACAGCGGAGAUUGUGGUAGUGGUAGCGGUGAUUGUGACAGUGACAGUGAUAGUGACAGCGAUAGUGAUAGUGAUAGUGACAGUGACAGCUGCGGCAGUGACUCGAAUGAAUGCGGAAGUUCGAGUUCAGACAGCGACGACGACUCUAGUAGCAGUUCAGAGGAAGAUUGUGGGUGUGAUGGUGGUGAUUGCAAUGGUGGUGGUGGUGGUGAUUGCGGUGGGGAUGGUGGUGACGGUGGUGGUGCUGGCGGUGACGGUGGUGGUGAUGGCGGUGACGGUGGUGACGGUGGCGAUGGAGAUGGUGGUGAUGGAGGCGAUGUGAAAAUGACGAUGGCGGAGCCUUAG